ACCUCAGGCUGAGAACGUGGUGACCAGUAGACAUGGUUCAAUUUUUUCAGGUCCUGGCUGAAAUUGGCGACUUCGGUCGCUUUCAGAUACAGCUGCUGCUGCUGCUGUUUGUCCCCAACAUGCUGUCUGCUUUCUUCACGUUUUCCCAAGUCUUCAUGGUCCUGGAGGAGGAGAUCCACUACUGUUCAGUGGCGUGGGUCAAGAACCACACCUUGAACCUGACCGCUGCGGAGCAGCUGUCCUUGAGUGUGCCACUGAGUGCUGCAGGCAGCCCUGAGCCCUGCCGCAUGUUCCGGCCCCCACCCGACGGUGCCAGCCUGGAGGACAUCCUCAGCCACCGCUUCAAUGAGACGCAGCCUUGUGACAUGGGCUGGGACUAUCCUGAACACAGGCCCCUGUCCCUAAAGCGUGAGUUCAACCUGGUGUGUGGCCGGAAGCACCUGAAGGAGACCUCACAGUCGGUGUAUAUGGCGGGGCUCCUCGUCGGUGCCCUGGUCUUCGGGCCCCUCUGUGACUGGAUUGGUCGCAAAGCUAGCGCCCUGAUACAGCUGCUGAUGUUCGCCCUCAUUGGCCUGGGCCUGGCCUUUGUGCCCAGCUUUGAUCUCUACCUGGUCAUGCGCUUUGCUGUGGCCACUGCCGCCGCUGGAUAUGCCAUAACCAGUGCCAGCUUAACUGCAGAGUGGGUGGGGCCUUCUCGGCGGACUCAGGCCAUGGUCCUGUGCCUUUGCGGCUUCUCCAUCGGGCAGAUGGUCCUCUCGGGACUCGCCUAUGGCAUCCGCAACUGGAGGCUCUUCCAGAUCGCCAGCACUGCACCCGUCUUGCUGCUCUUCUUCUACUUCUGGGUUCUGCCAGAAUCUGCCCGGUGGCUCCUGAUCCAGGGCAGGCUUGAGGAGGCUAAACGAGUGAUCCAGAAGGCGGCCUCAGUCAAUGGGCGGAAACUCUCCCCAGAGCUGCUGAACCAGCUGGGCCUAGAGAAGACAGGCCCCUCAGGGAAUGCCUUGGAUCUGUUCAGACACCCCCAGCUCCGGAAGGUGACCCUGAUUCUCUUCUUUAUCUGGUUUGUGGACAGUCUGGGAUACUAUGGCCUGAGCCUCCAAGUGGGGAACUUUGGCCUGGACAUCUACCUGACCCAGCUAAUUUUUGGAGCAGUGGAGGUACCUGCCCGCUACUUCGGCGCCUUCAUUAUGCAGAAGUUUGGCCGCAGGUGGAGCCAGCUGGGGACUCUGGUCAUGGGUGGCCUCAUAUGUAUCACCAUCAUCUUCAUCCCAGCAGAUCUGCCCACAGUGAGCACCGUGCUGGCCAUUUCGGGGAAGUUCGCCACCACCGCUGGGUUCACGAUCUCCUACGUCUACACUGCUGAGCUCUUCCCCACGAUCAUCAGGCAGACAGGCAUGGGGCUGGUGGCCAUCUUCUCAAGGAUCGGGGGCAUCCUCACGCCCUUGGUGAUGCUGCUGCGUGACUUCCACAAGGCCCUCCCUAUGGUCAUUUACGGCAGCCUCCCCAUCGGGGCAGGCGUGCUCUGUUUGUUGUUGCCUGAGACACGUGGCCAGGCCAUGAAGGAUACCAUCCAGGACCUGGAGCAGGGGCCCCGCCCACGGGCUCUGGAGGUAGAGCCCCCAGAAAAUGAAGCCUCAGGAAGAACGUCCAGCCCAGGGGUGGCUGUUGUGAACAGCAUGUACUUCUGAUUUCAUUCCCCUGGACACGGGUGGGACCUGUGCGCAAGACCAGCUUUGCUGACGGAGGCGACACGCGGGGUCUUCACUCCAGCACCAGCGCCAACUGACAGGCCCACACCCAGAAACGGCUGGGACAGUGCUUCUCUCCGUCCACUGCCUUCCGUAUCCCCAGAGCCCCACCCCCACCCCCACCCCCUCUUCUGGGUUAGGCUCUUGGUCUUGACUUCUCCGAUGGUCUUGUGGGGGGUCUGGCUCCCUGAUCCCCUCAGUCUGGGGUCUGCCUGCCCUGUAAACGCAGUCAAACCCAGAACACCUAGGCAGGGCCUUUCUAAGUGUGCUCAGUAGGAGGAGAAAAUGGGAAGCCUCUCUUUCCGGGUGGGAGGAUGAAAAGGCUGUGGAUCAGGAGAGGCGGCGGUUCCUUCUAGGGGCAGCACCAGGCCCCUCUGGCUAAGGCGGGGAUCCCACAGGACAUUUGAGCCUGCUGAGAGAAGACUCUAUGUCCAGGGGAAAUCAAAGCUUCAGUCUUGCAUUCUCUCCAAAGAUCCUCCAUUCCACCAUCCGCACUCAGCUCCCACCUAACCUGUGUGGCUCGGGGACUGUGCGGAGGUGGGCUCUGCUCCUCUCUGUGUCCCCUUCCCCCUUUGAUGGUCUGAUGCUUCUGGCUCCUAAAGGGCCCAGACAAGGUGAGGGGGAAGAAUAGAGAGGUCUUCGGCUUGGCUGCUGCCAGAUGUAGCUCCUUCCAGGCCGUGCUCGCUAAUCGUGCGUGUGCCCCAGCGGCAUCCGGAAGUCUGCUCUUCCACGGGCGUGUCUGUGGCUGACCGGCUCUCUUGUGUUCUUCCCCAAUUUAACCAAUGUACUCGUGCUGAUCUCUCCAGUGCCUGCUCCCCCUGCUGGCACACCCUAUCCUACAGGACAGCCCUCAGGUGUGGUCCCUCAGGCCAGCCCACCUUGCCCAGCAGCUGCUCCCACCGCCUGCCUCCAGCGCACACAGCCUCACCCACCUAAAGCUACCUGCUUCGUGGUUGUCCCUUCCACUCCAGCUCCUGCCACCAGUUUGGGAAAAGUUCUCUCCACUUCCAACACCCCCAAAAUAUCUGGCGGAUGACCAAACAAGUGAAGGACACCCCAUUCUCUGACCACCGCAUCCCAGCCUUGUGAAUCUUUGCUCAUCAGCCCCACCUGCCUUGGCCUGCCCAGGCUGCAAUAACAGUACCAUCAAUUGGUGCCUUUCACCAGUAGUUUAUUUUUCUCCUAGUUCCAGAGGCUGGAAGUCCAAGAUCAGGGUGCCAGCAGGGCCAGGUUCUGAUGAGGACCCCCUUCUUGAUUGCAGAUGGCCACCUCCUCACGGUGCCCUCACGGGGUCUUCCCUCUGGGUGCAGGUAGACGGAGAUCUCACUUCUUCUUGGAAAGCCACCAAGCUCAUCAUGAAGGCUGCACCCUUGUGACCUCAGCUAACCCAAACUACCUCCCCAAGGCCCACUGCUGAAUAUCACUGGGGGUUAGGGCUUCGACAUUAACAUUUGGGAGACUCCGGUAGGACA